UGCAAACCCUAGUCCUGUAGCAGCUGUUUAUAAGGUCAAACUAAGAGUUUGUUUAUUUUGCCUUAUGCCUCUCAUCAGGUCUCUUCCAUGGGCGACAGGGAAACAAGCAAUCACUCAGAUAUGACUGACUUCAUCCUUGUAGGCUUCAGGGUCAGCCCCGAGCUCCAUAUCCUCCUCUUCCUGCUCUUUCUGCUUGUGUAUGCCAUGAUCCUUCUAGGAAACCUUGGGAUGAUGGCCAUCAUUAUGACUGAUCCCAGGCUGAACACACCAAUGUAUUUCUUUCUAGGCAACCUCUCCUUCAUCGACCUCUUCUACUCAUCUGUUAUUGCACCGAAGGCUAUGAGCAACUUUUGGACCGAGAGCAAGUCCAUCUCAUUUGCAGGCUGUGUGGCCCAGAUCUUUCUCUUUGCACUCUUCAUUGUGGCUGAAGGAUUUCUCCUGGCAGCCAUGGCUUAUGACCGUUUCAUUGCCAUCUGCAACCCACUCCUGUAUUCUGUUCACAUGUCCACACGUCUCUGCACUCAGCUGGUGGCAGGCUCUUAUUUUUGUGGCUGUAUCAGCUCUGUUCUCCAGACCGGCAUGACAUUUACUUUAUCCUUUUGUGCUUCUCGAGCUAUUGACCACUUUUACUGUGAUAGUCGGCCACUUCAGAGACUCUCCUGUUCUGACAUUUUCAUACACAAAAUAGUAUCUUUUUCUUUAGCUGGCAUCAUUAUCUUACCAACUGUCAUAGUCAUCAUUGUUUCCUACAUGUAUAUUGUAUCCACUGUUCUAAAGAUACGCUCCGUGGAGGGAAGGAAGAAAGCCUUCUCCACUUGCAGCUCUCACCUGGGUGUUGUGAGUGUGCUGUAUGGUGCUGUUUUCUUCAUGUAUCUCACCCCUGACAGAUUUCCUGAACUGAGUAAGCUGGCUUCUUUGUGCUAUUCCCUAGUCACACCUAUGCUGAACCCUCUGAUUUACUCUCUGAGAAACAAAGAUGUUAAAGAAGCUCUAAGCAAACUUCUAGAGAAGAAAAAAUCGAGUGGUUCAUUUUUCCCAUUCUACAAGUAGUGUUUUGAGUAUUGAUUUCAUACUUUUUGUGGCCAAUGGUAAAAUUUUCUCCUAACUAUUAUAACAAUGCUAUUAGAAGCCUGUUGUAUACAGUAC